AUGUACUACUUGUUCAAGCUUCUUCCUUUGGUGGGGUGUGUUAAUGCCCAGCUGCUGGACCUCCCUAUUGUGGAUGAACUAGUCAGCUCGGCUAUGCUCCCCUUUGAGCAAUAUACCUCCUACAAUGCCCCGACAGAAAUUGCCAUACCAGCAGCAGCUGUGGAAACAGCCGCCGUAAAGGUUCAGGCUGCUGUUGUUGAAGCUGCAGCAGCGGACACCGGAUACUGGCUAGCAGAUAUAGCCCAUCAAGGGAUCGCAGCUUUCAACUCGAACCCCUCCGGAUAUGUGGUCUUUCGUAACGUGAAAGAUUACGGCGCCAAAGGCGAUGGUGUGACCGACGAUACCGCGGCCAUCAACGCAGCCAUCAGUGCUGGAGGACGUUUCGGACCAGCAAGCAGAGAAUCUUCCACCACUACCCCCGCGAUAGUGUACUUCCCCUCCGGCACAUACAUUAUCUCAUCCUCAAUCAUUGAUUACUAUUUCACCCAGCUGAUCGGUAACGCAAAUGCCAUACCGGUUCUAAAAGCGACUGCAGGUUUCGUCGGCUUGGGCCUGAUUGACGGUGACCAAUACCAGAAUGAUGGAAACCAGGGCUGGACGUCGACGAAUGUUUUCUUCAGACAGAUUCGCAAUUUGAAACUAGACCUGACUGCUAUCCCUGCCGGCACUGCCGCUACUGGAAUUCAUUGGCCGACGGGCCAAGCUUCGAGCAUCCAGAAUGUUCAAAUUGCGAUGAGUGCUGCUUCAGGUACUCAACAUCAAGGAAUCUUUAUCGAGAACGGGUCCGGUGGAUGGGUGAGCGAUGUGACGAUCACUGGUGGCUUGUACGGAGCCAAUGUUGGCAACCAGCAAUUCACCAUGCGCAACUUGGUGAUUUCAAACGCAGUCACGGCAAUCUCUCAAAUUUGGAAUUGGGGUUGGACGUAUCAAGGCUUGGUAAUCAACAACUGUCAGACCGCUAUAUCCAUCAGCAACGGUGGCGUUGGAAACCAGCUAGUUGGCUCGGCAAAUAUUCUGGACAGCACUAUCCAGAAUUGCCCUACCUUUGUGACUACUGCUUGGCAGAGCUCGACAAACUCUACCGGCAGUCUCAUUUUGGAAAACAUCGCUUUAAACAAUGUGCCAGUUGCAGUGCAGGGAGCAAGCGGUACUGUGCUCGCUGGCUCAACUGGCUCUUCUACAAUCUCUGCCUGGGGUCAGGGUCACAAGUAUACACCAAAUGGUCCUACCAAUUUCCAGGGCUCGUUCACUCCCCCGACACGCCCAAGUGCCUUGCUCGCUAGUGGUUCGAACAGGUACUACACCAAAAGCAAACCCCAGUACGCAGCGUCGGCUGUAUCCGAAUUCCUGAGCAUUAGAAGCUCUGGCGCUAAGGGAGACGGCUCAACUGAUGAUACAAAUGCCAUUCAGAAUGCCGUGACAUUUGCGGCAGCUACUAACAAGAUCCUCUUCUUCGACCAAGGAACGUACAAAAUCACUGGUACCCUGUUCAUCCCCCCUGGCUCUCGGAUCGUCGGCGAAGCGUACUCUGUCAUCAUGGCAACCGGAGGCACAUGGUCGAACAUUAACAACCCAAUUCCCGUUAUUCAAAUCGGUGCACCAGGCCAAGCUGGGUCAAUUGAGUGGUCUGACAUGAUAGUGAGCACCGCAGGCUCUACACCUGGCGCCGUUCUCAUUGAAUGGAACCUGGUAGCAACAGUGGGAUCGGGAAUGUGGGAUGUUCACACGCGUAUUGGAGGAUUCCAAGGAUCCCAGCAGCAGGUUGCCCAAUGCCCAACCACGGCGCCUGUUUCUACGGCCUGCCAGGUGGCUUACAUGUCCAUGCACAUCACGAAAGGAGCGAGCAAUGUCUAUUUGGAGAAUGUAUGGCUCUGGACCGCCGAUCAUGAUCUUGAAAGUCCAACGAACACCCAGAUCUCGGUGUACUCUGGACGUGGUCUUCUCGUGGAAGGAAAUAACGUCUGGCUAUACGGAACGGGCUCUGAGCAUCACUCGCUAUACCAAUACCAGUUCUCAGGCGCUGGUUCAAUUGUAGCGGGCUUUGUGCAAACAGAAACUCCAUACUACCAACCCAACCCGAACGCAGCUAACAGCCCGUACCCUACCAACUCCACACUCAGAGACCCGAAUUACAGCACUUGUCUAGGAGGAAACUGUAACUCGCUGGGUCUCCGAGUCCUAGAUUCCAAGAACGUGAUCGUUUACGGUGCUGGUCUCUACAGCUUCUUCAACAACUACAGCACUACGUGCUCCACAUUCCCUCUACCGGAGAACUGCCAGAGCAUGAUAUUCAGCGUCGAGGGUAGUACAAGUGGAUUGGUGGUCUACGGGCUGAACACUGUUGGAACAACCUACAUGAUUGUGAAGGAUGGCGUGGCGCUCGCCAAAGUCAGCGACAAUCUGGCGACAUAUGCCGCCACAAUUGCAUACUUCACAUUUUAG